AUGGAUAAGACCGAGUACGAGGAAAAAGUCAGCACCACGUUGAAUGACGCUCACACUUAUGAGAAAUUGCAGGCCGAUCCAACCAGUUCUUAUAAGAGAAAGCUGAUCGAAAAACUGACCAAGUUAAAAAAGGAUGGCAAGAUAACGGAAGAUCAGUACAAAUACUUGUACCCUACAUCUGAGGCCACACCCAGAUUGUACUGUACACCAAAAAUCCACAAGGCUAACAACCCUCUGAGACCUAUUGUGGAUUACACAGGAUCGAUUGGUUACAAUACAUCUAGAGCCCUAGCUGACCUCCUGGGACCUCUGGUCGGCACUACGGAACAUCAUGUCAAAAAUUCCAAAGAGCUUGCUGAAGAAUUAUCCUCAGUCACAUUAGAACAAGAAGACAUCUUCAACUCCCACGAUUUUGUGUCACUAUUUACCAAGACCACUAUACAGGAGACAUUAACCAUCAUAAGAGAACGCCUAGAUAAAGAUCAAGAUCUAAAGAAAAGAACAAACCUAGAGGUUGAUGAUAUAAUGGAUCUCACAGAAUUUAUUGCCACCACCACAUACUUCAGUUUCAGAGGACAAUUAUUCAAACAGAAGUUCGGCACAGCCAUGGGCAGCCCAGUAUCCCCCAUCCUGGCUAACUUCUUUAUGGAAUGGCUAGAACAACAGGCCAUCUCCACUGCUCCCAUAGACUGUAAACCUAAGCUAUGGAAACGAUAUGUGGAUGAAAUCCUAGAAAUCAUUAAGAGUGGAAAGGUGGAGGCUCUGACAGAUCAUCUCAACGGAAUAGACAAAACAAACAGCAUCAAAUUCACGCACGAACAAGAGAAAAUGGCCAAAUCCCAUUUCUGGACACCCUUAUCACCAGGAGGGAGGACGAAUCCAUCAAACUACUGGUUUACAGGAAAGCCACACCCACAGACCAGUACCUGUCGUUUCAAUCGCAUCAUCCACUUCAGCACAAACUUGAUGUCAUACGGACGUUAUUGGAAAGGAGUGACAGUAUUGUCACGGAAGAAGAAGACUGUAAACAAGGGAAAGAACACAUAAGAACAGCCCUCCAUACAUGUGGUUACCCGGAUUGGGCGAUAAAGAAGGUCACAGAGCAAAUCAACAGAAAGAAAGCUAUUAGAAAAGAUAAAUCCAAGAAAGAUAAAGUACAAGAAAAAUCAAGACGAGUGGUGACUGUCCCAUAUGUCCACUCAUUCACGGAGAAAAUACGACGUAUAUUCACCAAACACAGGGUAGCCACAGUGGUUAAACCUCAAACCACCCUCAGACAGGUUUCAGUUCACCCGAAGGACAAAGUUGAGAAGCAAAAAAAGGCUAGAGUGGUGUACAAAAUUCCAUGCAGCCAAUGCGAAAAGGUAUAUAUCGGUGAAACAGGGAGACAGCUGGGAACCAGGAUCACAGAACACAGAAAGGAAGCAGAAAAGAUCUCUGACAGAAAUUUCACAAGAUCCACCCGCAGAGCUUCUACCAAUGAACACCAUAAAUCAGCCAUAACAGACCACGUCUGUCAGAACAAUCAUAUCAUGAAUUGGGAAGCAAGUGAAACAGUUGAGCAGGAAAGUGACAAGUUUAAGCGAUGGAUCAAGGAAAGCAUAGGUAUUAGAUCGAACACUCCUACUAUGAACAGGGACGAGGGAGCCUAUCAGCUUUCUCCCAUAUGGACACAAGCGAUCUCCACCCCAAAACCAGGGGGGGAGGGGGCGUCUACAGAGUGA